UUAAAAGUGGCAGUUUCCAAGAAUCAAAUGCUGCUCCUAUCGUCCCUCUUCAGUCUUCGAUGAGUCGAAUUUCCAAGUAGAAAGUGAAAAUUUUCAGAAUUCUGACAGAAAACGUAAUGUCUGAAUCAGAGGAAGAAAAUCCAUCCUUGCCUCCCAAGUCGACGGAGCUCCCUCCAACGGUCGAGCGGGAUUCCAUCAUGGACCUCGAUCUCUAUCUCGAUCUCGACUCUCCCUGGUCGUUUGAUCAGAAUCCUUUUGCCUCCAACCCGGGGUCUCCGUUUCUCCUCCCUUUGGUUUCGCCGUCUCAUAACCCACUUCUUUUCUCGUCUUCUGAGCAGCUCUAUUCCCCUUCGUGGGCCUUGUUGGAUGCUGAUGACGACAAAUCCGGCGUCAAUCAUCCCAACUCCUCUCUUCCCGGAGGUCCUCGGCUUGUCGAUCACUCUAAACUUAUUUCAUCAUUUAAUCCUGAUUCCUUAACUGGAAAUAUCACGGGGAAUGAUGAUAAAAGAAGACAUGUUCCUACACCUGUUCUGAUUCCACUACAAGAGAAUCUAGAUGGAUAUUCUGUGAUCAAAGAGAGGAUGAUGCAGGCACUUCGGUACUUCAAAGAAUUGACGGAACAACAUGUUCUAGCUCAGGUUUGGGCACCUGUAAAGAAUGGUGGCCAGUAUGUACUCACGACUUCUGGACAACCUUUUGUUCUUGAUCCAAAUAGCAAUGGACUUCUUCAGUACAGAACGGUUUCUUUGAUGUACAAGUUUUCUGUGGAUGGAGAGAAUGAUGGAGACUUGGGGCUUCCUGGCCGUGUUUUCAGGCAAAAGUUGCCUGAAUGGACUCCAAAUGUUCAGUAUUAUAGCAGCAAGGAGUACCCACGUCUUAGUCAUGCACUUCAUUACAAUGUUCAGGGAACCCUGGCUCUGCCAGUAUUUGAACCUUCUAGGCAGUCUUGUGUUGGUGUUGUUGAGCUUAUAAUGACAUCACAAAAGAUUAAUUACGCUCCUGAAGUUGAUAAAGUCUGCAAAGCUCUUGAGGCAGUAAAUCUAAAGAGUUCUGAAGUACUGGAUCAUCAAAAUAUACAGAUUUGUAAUGAAGGUCACCAAAAUGCCCUGGCUGAAAUCCUAGAGAUAUUAACUGUAGUGUGUGAGACCCAUAAAUUGCCUCUGGCUCAAACUUGGGUUCCAUGCAAGCAUCGCAAUAUUCUAGCCUAUGGUGGUGGUAUGAAGAAGAGUUGCACAAGUUUUUAUGGAAGUUGCAUGGGGCAAGUUUGCAUGUCUACAACUGAUGCAGCAUUUUAUGUUGUGGAUGCACACAUGUGGGGAUUUCAUGAGGCAUGUACAGAGCACCACUUGCAGAAGGGACAAGGAGUAGCUGGGAGAGCAUUUUUAUCUCAUGGGUCAUGUUUUUCUCGAGAUAUCAUCAAAUUCAGAAAAACCGAAUACCCCCUAGUACACUAUGCACGCAUGUUUGGGUUAACCAGCUGCUUUGCUGUUUGCUUACGGAGUACUCACACAGGGAGUGAUGAUUACAUUCUCGAGUUUUUCCUGCCCCCUAGCAUCACAGACAGUCGAGAACAAGAUACCUUACUGGAUUCUCUUUUGGGAAGUAUGAAGCAGCAUUUUCGAAGCCUGAAAGUGGCCUCUGGGAAAGGACUGGAAGAAGAAAGAUCUGUUGAAAUUAUUAAAAUAUCUGCAGAUGAUAAUCUGGAACUUGAAGGUGUUAAAAUAUCCUCUGCAAUGGAAACUCCUGUGGGAAACAAUGACUUGCCAAAUGGGGUGGAGAAAUUGCAUCAAGAUUCACAAGAGCAGCAGAGCAUAGUGGAAAUUGAUGGUCAGAAGGAUGGAGAGAAUGUUCUUAAAACAGAUGGAACCCACUCCACACUUUCUGUACCUGAUAAAGGCAUGAAGAAACCAUUGGAAAGAAGGCGUGGUAAGACAGAGAAAUCAAUUAGUCUAGAGGUUCUCCAACAAUAUUUUGCUGGGAGUCUGAAAGAUGCUGCAAAGAGCCUAGGCAUUUGUCCGACUACCAUGAAACGCAUCUGUAGGCAGCAUGGUAUCUCUAGGUGGCCAUCUCGCAAGAUCAACAAGGUUAAUCGUUCUCUUUCGAAGUUGAAACGUGUCAUUGAGUCUGUCCAAGGUGCUGAUGGAACAUUUUCACUAACUUCUCUUGCAACAAGUCCACUUCCUAUUGCUGUUGGUUCUAGUUCUUGGCCUGUUAGCUUGAAAGGACCCAAUCAACCACAUUCACCAAGUUCUAAGCCCUUGAUAUUUCAUAGGGCAAAGGAUGGAGAAUCACCAGUAAAUAAGACAGCUGAGGGUGAUGGGAAUGGAGAUAAAGAGGAUCAAAUACCUGGAGGAGGCAGAUUAUUAGCUCAUCAAGAACUCGUCAACCGGCAAAGCAUGCCUCAUUUGGGCUUUCCUAAGGUUCCUAAUGGAUCAAGAACAAAAAGUGGUUCAGGGGAAGAGAGCACUGGUAACCCUACUUCUCAUGGAUCAUGCCAAAGUAGCCCUGCAACUGAAGCAUCCCCUUUAAAUGAUCCAUGCACUACAUCUAACCAGGAACUAGGGAUAAAUACAUGUAGUUCCUUUGUGUUGGUGUCUCAACCAAAUGGAGAACUAAAUCUAUCAGCUGCAUAUUCUAUCCCUUCUGCUCAUAUAACUACACUGCCACAAACACCUUUUGGUGGAAUGUUAAUUGAGGAUGCAAGAAGUUCAAAAGAUUUGAGAAACCUCUGUACUACAGCACCUGAGGCUUGUCUAGAUGAGCGGAUCCCAGAAUCUAGUUGGACAAAUCCUCUAUGUCCUAAUCAAGCCCCUCAGCAGGUUGCACCUCCCCUGAGUCACACAAUGCCACAUACCCAAGAUGUGAGGAAUGUGACUAUUAAAGCUGCUUAUAAAGAAGAUAUAAUAAGGUUUAGGCUCUCUUUGACUUCUGGUGUGGCUGAAUUGAAGGAGGAAGUGGCCAAGAGGCUGAAGUUGGAAGUGGGUACAUUCGAGAUCAAGUAUCUGGAUGAUGAUCAUGAGUGGGUUUUACUAGCUUGUGAUGCGGAUUUGCAUGAGUGCAUGGACAUCUCAAAAUUGUCAGGUGGGCACAUGAUCAGACUUUCAGUGCAGGAUAUAACUGCCAACUUUGGRAGCUCUUGUGAAAGCUCAGGACACAAAGUAGGUAAAAUUGUCAUACAAAUCUUGUAAAUUAUAGUGUACUAGGCAGGCCAAAUGGUAAAUUUGUUUUGGAAACCUGCCUCAUUGUUGUAAAAUAUUUUCCUAUUUGGAUUAGAGAAAUAAAACUAUGCUCCUUGUGCUA